ACUGGCCCUCGCAUGUCACGUGUUGUUUUUAUGAUAGUUUCAAUGAUACUUGGGAUUGGGAAUAUCCACUGGCACUGAUCCUGGAGCCGCCCCUGACUGUACCUAUAAAUCGAGUGUCACGGAGAAUUCGGCCCUUUUUUGCUUUUAAUGACAGAUAACAGAUAUUGGCUAAUCAAAUAAAUUCAUCAACAGUCGGCAUUGAGUUUUCUGUCGAUCUUCAGUCGAGUUUUCAGUGAUUUGUCUAUCAAUCACCUCGGGAAUAACUGACAACGACACAGCGGCGCAGAUUACAAAUAAUAGCCUAUCAUCUUCAUGUGUUCGUAUAUUGAUAUUUUACUGACAUCCACAGCAAUAUGAAGAAGAUGUUAUUGUUCUUUGUGUUCUAUAUUGUCUUUGACGGUGUGUUUGGUGAGCCAGUGUCAGUGGUGGAGGGAGAUUCGGUCACUUUACACACGGAUCUCACUGAAAUAGAGAAAGAUGAUGUGUUAGAGUGGAGGUUUGGAGCUAGAGGCGCCCUCAUAGCUCAGAUCAACAGAGGAGCCGAUAAGAGCUAUAUAUAUGAUGAAGCUCUUAAUCAAAGAUUCAGAGGCCGGCUGAAACUGGACAAUCAAACUGGAGAUCUCACUAUCAGAAACAUCAGAACUGAACACUCUGGACCUUAUGAAGCAACCAGCGGACAUACUCUAAACAAGAUAUUCAAUGUCAGUGCUCUGCCUGUUGAUCCAGUGAAGUCAGUGUCAGUAAUGGUGGGAGAUCCAGUCACUCUAAACACCGAUCUUACUGAAAUACAGACAGAUGAUGUGAUACGGUGGAGGUUUGAACAUCAACACCCUCCUGUAGCUGAAAUCAAUAGAAAGGCUAGAAAAGUCUCUAAACAUGAUGGUGCUGAUGGGAGAUUCAGAGACAGACUGCAUCUGGACUAUUUGACUGGAUCUCUGACCAUCAGGAACAUCAGAACCGAACACUCUGGAUUUUAUGAAGUCGACAUCAGUACCGGCAGCAGCAAUCACACCAUACACAAGUCAUUCAAUGUGACUGUCAGCGGUGAAAUGAGGACGGAGUCCGUGAUGGAGGGAGAUUCUGUCAUUCUACAGACUGGUCUUACUGAAAUACAGACAGAUGAUGAGAUAAUGUGGAUGUUUGGAGACACUAUCCUAGCUGGAAUCUAUAAAAACCAGUCCUCACUGGCCCAACAGUUCUAUGAUGUUGAUGAUGAAAGAUUCAGAGACAGACUGCAGCUUAAUAACCAGACUGGAUCUCUGACCAUCACCAAAUGCAAAACCUCAGACUCUGGACUCUAUGAACUGCAGAUCAACAGCAACAGACACCUGAGAGUCAAUGUUACUGUCAGUAGUAAGUCGAUCAAGUCGGUGAAAGGUCUGUCUUCAGAUGAAAUAGCAGGGAUUGUUGUUGUUGUUGUUGUUGUUGGUGUCCUGCUGGCGAUUGUAGCUGUUGGGUUUUGCUAUCACCACAAGAUCCCUAAACUGAAACAUACAGAUGCAGUGACGCCACUAUCAUUGACUAAAGGAGAGGAUGUCACCCUAAACACUGAUGCUGAACUACAGACAGAUGAUCAGAUUCUGUGGAUGUUUGAAGAUGAAAACUCUCCUAUAGCUGAAAUCAAAAGAGGAGAUAACUUUAUAUAUGAUGUUCCUGAUGGGAGAUUCAGAGAAAGACUGAUGCUGGACAAGAAGACUGGAUCUCUGACCAUCACAAACAUCACAACUGAACAUGCUGGAGUUUAUGAACUAAAGAUCAGAAGAAGUGGAAAAACCUCAUCUAAGAGAUUCAUUGUUUCUGUCUUUGAUGAGGUAAAACUAGUGAUGGAGGGAGAACCCGUCACACUCAACACUGAUACUAGACUACAGACAGAUGAUGUGAUCCUGUGGAUGUUUGGAGACAAAGACACUGUCAUAGCUAAAACCAAAGGAGGGACCAAAAGGACGACUACAGAUCAUGGUCCUGAUGGGAGAUUCAGAGGCAGACUGAAGCUGGAUCAUCAGACUGGAUCUCUGACCAUCACAAACACCAGAACCACAGACUCUGGAGAAUAUCAACUACAGAACAACAGAAGUGGAGAAACCUCAUUCAAGUUAUUCAAUGUUUCUGUCUCUGGUGAUUCCACUGCACUCGGAAGUAUGUCAGAGGAAAGUCCUUUUUUGCAUCCCAGGCUUUGCCGUCAAAGAUCUAUCAGCAACGAAAGCUACAGUUAAAACUUCGGUCUUAGUGUAAUAUUGUCAUUAGUUCCAGUGUUUUGGAUAAACCUGAGGAUGGUGUUAACUGAGGAUAUGUUAUGGAUAACUUCACCUGACUUUCCAGCAGAUGUUAGGCUGGGACAUAUUCGGAGUGUUCAAUAUUCUACUGAGCAUGGAUUUAAAAACUAAUGUCUCAUUAUUUUGGUAUGAAUAUUAAACAUGACAUGGCAGUUUCUAUUCCUGCAUAUUUGAUGGCAUUUAAAGAAAGUUUAUCAUGUCGCGCUCACAAACAUGUUAACAUGAGACAUUUGUUUUAAUUGAUGUUUAAACUUGUCAGCACAUUUAAGUACAUUUUUAAGUAUUUUUGCAACACUAGUGUAUCAUUGAAAGGCUGUAGUGUACUGUCAUGUGACAACAUAUUUUGGUUUAUUUGUCAGAAAGCAAGCAUGGAUUGUAAAGUCUUUUUGACUUUUUUAUGAGCAAGUCUUGUUAAUUGACAUGUUACUGUAUAUUGUUUGUAAUAAAGUUAAGUUUUCUGUGAAUUUCAUCAUUUUUUUACAUUUAACUUUUUUUUUUUUAAAUUUUGUUCAUUUUAAACAUAGGGAUAUGUUGGUUUGAGUCUAUUCAUAAGUGAUAUUACUCUGAUUUUUAAAAAAUUACUGCAUACCCUGUUCAUUUCUUCAAUAAAUUUACUUUGAGUUCUUUCCAUCAUCCAUUGUCUGAGUCUGUUACAGUCAGCUGAACCCCUAAAAUAUUUACUUGGAUCCCCCCUG